AUGGCUCAAGGAUCUGUGUUCCCACCUGGGUAUGAAGCAGGAAACCCCUGUGAACCCGUCGAGGGAUUAGUGUCAUACAAUGGUUAUACCUGCAAAAUUUGCAACCUGACAUGGCGUUGUAGAAAGACCAUCCUGAAUCACUUUUCACUCAAACACGCCAAAGAACUUCCAACAGAAGAUAGCCGUAAACCGCACCGAAGAAGGGAUAAGUGUCAGACCUUCUACGGGCAUAACAGGGAGAAAUUCUUUGCUGUACUCCCUCACGUACAACCAGCUAUUGUAGGUGGAAACGGAAUGAUGGAGCAGGAGGUGGUGGAUGUGUUAGAUGAAUCAGAUGUAGUCACUAGAAUGAUUUUAAAGUUGGAGGAAGAUGCUGCUCAACUUGUGGACCAUGGACCCGAUUCAACUCUGGAAAAAGAGCAGGCAAACUGGAUUUAUGUUACUGGAAUACAUACAUACAUUGAGCUUCUGAAAGAGUCUGGAAAAACUAUUGAGCAGUUGGUUGUGGCGGGUGAUGGAAAUGAACGUGUGGAGGUCAUGGUCAGAUACAUUGCAGCAUGGAUUGAUAAAACCAUGAAAAGACUGCAUGAAACUGGACAGUUGAUCAAACGUAUGUGUAUGGCAGAAACUAGCGAGAUGGAAGACAACAAAGGCCUGAUGCCUUUGCAAGAAAAGGCUUCUGUAAUCAAAUAUGCCCAAAUCUUGGCGUCUUUUAUGUAUUAUUUGAUUUGUCAGGCUGAGGAUCCGGUGGAUCCAGAAUACCAGCUCUACAAUGUCACCAAAAACGAAAUCAUGCAGCUACGUAACAUUGCAGCACCCAUGGAGCUUCCUCCAAAGGUGCCAGGCCAAGGCGACGACCUCGACUUUAGCAGAAUCACAAACAAUCCUCUGGGUAAACAAGUUUCAAAAGUGUUAUGCUCAGUAUUCCAAGCUGGCACUGGUGGCUGGUGCAAGCAGUAUCAAACUCCCCCAAUGCAGUUUCUGGCUUUUUCAACCCUCAAAAUAGACGGUUCAUAUCAUGAUUCAACUCUGCUCACCCACCUCAUUGCAGCUAUGCAAUACGGAACUCGGCUGGCCUUUGCUGAACAGUACCUAGAUACCCCUCGAGAACCAUUCAACCCAGAUGCCGACCCCCUCCAGCCAAUCAAGGACGACCGGAGCAGAUUCGAAUUUCUCAGGAAAAACGGCCCCGAAGCCCUGCCUGACACAACCUACUGGGCAGAUGCAGAACAAGAAACUCUGGAAGUGGAAAACAAAAGGGUGACUAUCAGUGGUAUUCGAAAUUGCAUCCACAUCCAGCAAAAAAUGGCAGAUGCUGAUCUGGCCAAACUCCUCGAGGGCUGCAAAAUGCCUGCUUUUGAUCUAAGCUUGUACAAGGAGGAACCUCAUAGUAGAAAGCCAUUUACAAACUUUUUGGAUCACUCUGGAGACGAGCACAGAAAGUACGGUCAUCAUUUGCUCAAGGAGUGGGUUAGGCGCAAGGAUGUACAUGGCUUGUUGAAUAAUACUUGGAAGACUGGCCUGACUGAAGACACAUCUAUAUACAAUCCAGCACUCUGGAAAAAAUCCGCCAUGCUAGAUUGGCUGGAUAUGUACGAUAGGCUUCAAGAGCGUUUAUACUUUCUAUACCAUGUGGCAUCCGGGCAGCCCCUGAGAGGCACUGAAGAAAUGACAACUUUGGUGGUGAAUACCCGUUUGAAUCAAAGGAACAUCUAUCUGCGCUCGGGUAGAUUUGCUUUCUUGACAUGGUAUCACAAGAGUCAAAAUAUUAGUGGCAAGAACAAACCUCGUCUGACCUUCCUUCCAAGACGGCACAGCUUAUUAUGGUUCUACUAUCUGGCGUUCCUCCGCCCUACCGCAAUCUCUAGACAACAAGGAGAUUGCAAACCACAUGACCACCAAGCUGUGGGUACACACCCGCAAAGGCCCUCUGGAAUCUUCCCACUUUACAAACAUUCUCAAGCGCAAGUUUGCAGAAGGCGGAGUGGCACAGCUGGGCAUCUCUGGUUGGCAACAUGUAUCGGUGUCAAUUGUAGAUGCACAUAUCAAAGACCAUGCAGAGGUGUUGGAUCAGAAAAACGGUACAAGGCAGCAAGUGAGGCAAUGCACAGGUUUUGGGAAAUUGACGGCCCAGUUCAGACUGGUUUUGCAGAACCCCCUGCUGAAAAACCACUUCCAGCUGGGGAACUUCUGGAGAAGGCGCUAGAAAAGUUCACUGGUCAACGGCAAGCAGGGACCAGGACUCCAUUCCAAGCUGACUGGCUGACAAUGGUACUGGACCGCAACUACGAUAUGCUGGUGCACACUGGAAUCACAGUCGUGGUGCAGCCCCUGACUGCCCUGGUGGCAGAAACAAGCGACAUGCUCAAAGACAAAGGUAUCAAGCAUCUGGUGUAUAAGGCUGGGUCCAAUUGUGUAAUAGAGAAAUGGCACCGAGUGGUGGUGUGUACCACCGAUGUUGCAGCUGGAGAAAAGUUCUAUAGUGAUUUACAACGCCACAAAGUGAAUCGGGUCAUUAUUGAUGAAGCUCAUUGUUAUGAAGACAAUGUUACAUUUCGAAGCUAUUCAACCGGUGUAGCACGCUUGCGACAACUCAAUGCACCCUCUGUGUUUAUGACAGCAACAAUGCAAGUGGGUCAUGAAGAGUACCUGUAUAAGCUAUUCUGCAUCACCAAUGUCAAAGACUUCCGAGAACCAACUGGUCGACCUGAACUUCAAUUUCAUACGGUCAAAAACUGCAAGUGGGAAGCCAUGAUUUCUCAGGUUGGCAAGCUCGCCAAUCAGUCCAACCUGGCCGACCGCGAUCGGAACAUCCUUUUCAUCAAAAACAAGAAGGAAUGCAACAAUGCAGUGGAAGAUCUCAAAAAGCUGUAUCCUGAUUUGCCUAUCACAAAGUACUACUCAAAACUACCAGAUGGAGAAGGAGCUGGCAAUGUGAAGCAUUGGAGGACAACACCCAAAUGCUUGAUGAUUGCAACAAACGAUACAGACAUCAACAAGUGUUUCCAAGAGGCUGGGCAAGCAGGACGCGAUUUGGAGGCAGCAAAUGUGUGGUUGUUUGAGACUGGGAAGCCGGAGAAAGGAAGUUUUGCCGAGAAAUUGAUGGAAAGCCAUAGGUGUAUUGCUGAGACAUUUUCAGAAGUAUUGGAUGGAGAAGCCAGGAAUUGCAAGCAGGUUGGAUGUCCUCGAGUGUGUGGAAACUGCAUGGAUAUUGCCAACCAAGCUAGCAGGAAGAGGCCAGCUGACAAGGAACCUGAAGUAGUCAUGCCUGGAACAAGACCUAUGUACCUAUCCAAUGUCAAACGAGCACGGGUGGAGGUCAACAUUGUUGAUAAAAUUGGCCUGGCCAUCACAAAUGUCCGGAAACAGAUGGCUGGUCUGUGUGGAUACUGUCUUGCAAAGGACAAGGUGGAAAAGCGGCAUGGAGAUGGAAAGUGCAACAAAGUGGUAGGAUGUGCGCGGUGCACUGCUGGCAACCAUUGGUCAUCAAGAUGUGAAGCAUUGCUCUUGUCAAAGGUCCUUGAGAGGAAUGGCAAUGCAGCCUACCGACUGUGUCACUUUUGUGGUCUUGGUGAUGGCCAUGGUCAGGACACCUUUCAUAAUGCACCAAUAGUGGGGACCCUCAAGAAGUGUGACAGUGGUCUUCAAAAUGCAUUGCUGGUGAGCAUCAUCAAGGUCCUCAAGACCAAUGACAAGUGUCUAGCAGUUGACAAAGCCAGUGUUUCGCUGUUCCAGCAAUGGCUCGGAUCACGUGGGUGGCUUGGAUGUCCGUGGGCAAAUAUGGUCACCUUGUUCAUUGUCUUUCGUGACCCAGAGAUCCGCGAGAUUGCCAAAGUCCACUCGUAA